UGAGGCACACUAGAUCCUGUAGCUACCUCGUACACCACCUACGCACAUUAGUUAAGAAGAUCCGGAGUAGACUACUCGGUGGGUCUAACAAUUCUGGGUCGACCGCCUGAAUCAUUUUUUUCCGUUUCUUUCUCGUAUUUUUCCAUAUUAGCCACUACAGACAUGAUCUCCUGUAAUUAGCACCGUUCGAGUCUUUUGCGUUGGGAUAUUCCCUAUCCUCGCUAUUCAGAUGGCAGAUGAGGGAAUACAGGGCAGCUGCCUCCCGUGGAUUUUCCGUUUGGAGGAAAUGGGACCCAACCUUUGUUACUGGAACUACUGUACUAAAUUGUUCAUCUGCACUCCAUUUAUACCAUCCUCGCCAGUCCUCCUCUGCUUCGCAAGUCCUUAAGACAGGAUCAAAACAGACUGCAGCAUCUAGAUGAAGUUGUUCAGCCAUGCAAUGUUCCUGGAAGGCAGUGAUUCUGCUAGCCUUGGCAUCCAUUGCAAUCCAGUACACAGCAAUCAGGACUUUCACAGCAAAGCCCUUCCAGAUGUGCCCCGUACCGAACCCCCUGAACUGUGGCUUGGGUCAGGAGACGGAGCCCUUCGACAGGAUCUGCGAUGAAUACCCAUACUCCACCUACAACAUCUCCAGGAAGACUCACAUCCUCAUCCUGGCCACCACCAGGAGUGGCUCUUCUUUCGUGGGCCAGCUGUUCAACCAGCACUCGGAUGUGUUCUACCUGUUCGAGCCCCUUUACCACGUGCAGAUGACCCUGAUCCCCAGGCUCUCCCACAGCAAGAAUACAGCUGACCGGAGGGUGAUGCUCGGGGCCAGCAGGGACCUCCUGAGGAGCCUGUAUGACUGUGACUUCUACUUCCUGGAGAGCUACAUCAAGCCGCAGCCCGUGAACCACACCACUGACAAGCUGUUCCGCCGGGGGGCCAGCAGGGCCCUCUGUUCUCCGCCGGUGUGUGACGCCUUUGGCCCGAGCGAGGUCAACAUAGAGGAGGGAGACUGCGUGAAGAAGUGCACCUCCGUCAACAUGACCCUGGCCACAGACUCCUGCCGGGAGCGCCGCCACAUGGCCAUCAAGAUUGUGCGGGUCCCGGAGAUAAACGACCUCAGGGCCCUGGUGGAAGACCCCAGGCUCAACCUCAAGAUCAUCCAGCUGGUGCGCGACCCAAGGGGGAUCUUAUCCUCCAGGAUUGAGACCUUCCGGGACACCUACCGGCUAUGGAGGAUCUGGAGAGCAACGGGCCGGCGACCGUACAACCUGGAUCUGACCCAGCUGACGGUGGUGUGUGAGGAUUUCCUCAACUCGGUCUCCACAGGCUUGAGCCAGCCCCCCUGGCUGAAGGGGAAAUAUAUGCUAGUGAGGUACGAGGACCUAGCCAAGAACCCGCUGCAAAAGACCAAGGAAAUUUACGAGUACUUAGGCAUGUCGCUCGACAAGAACGUGGUCAAGUGGAUACAGACCAACACUCGGGGGAGUAAUGAGUUGUCCGCAAAGCAUAAAUAUGGAACAGUGAGAGACUCCGCGGCCAACGCCGAAAACUGGAGGUUGAAAUUGUCUUAUGACAUGGUCGACUACACUCAAACUGUGUGUCAGCAGAUUCUGACCCAGCUGGGAUACAAGGCAGUCAAUUCCCCGGAGGAACUCAAGAACAUGUCUCUCACGCUUAUCGAGGACAGAACUUUUGUACCGUUUUUGUAACAAAGGUAGUUGUGGACGACUAUUUUUGAUAUAUUUAUAAAUGUUGCCUUAAUAUUUUCAAUUUUGCACUAAAUUUCCAAACCUUGAAGGCAUCUGAGUGGCACCCUUGUAAUAUUAGGUACAGCACAACACAUUUAAACAAAUAAUGCUGUUUACAGGUUUAAAUUUAAUGUGAAGUGAUAAUGUUUACUUCAGCAAAAAGAACAAAAAUAAAGCACCACCCUGCAUAAAGUUAUUGUAUGCCGGCUAUUGCAUUGACAAAAGUGAAUGUUGCCAUUUGUCCAUCUGAAGUAUUUGGACCUAAAAUAUUACAAGGAAAUGUACUUAAUACCUGUGGCUGAAUUACUGAAAUGUAUGAGAACAAUUGUGCAAUAAAAAUGUGGAUGUUGCAGUCAACUUUUAGUAUUACUCAAAUUCUGUUGGGGAUGAUGCUUCCUCAAGAAAUGUCUUCCUCUGGGUACUUACUGCAU